AACAAUUUUACCCAGCCUACUGAUAAAUUAACUUAUCUCAGGUACAUUAAUGCUCUCAGCUUCAUAAAAUGAAGAAAAUCAGUUUUGGUAAAAUAUCCUUAUCAAAUUCGCUUCCUGACAAAACUUCAUCAUCAAGCAAUUCUUCCGGGUUUGGAGUAAUAAAGGACAUUAAAGGGUCAGACAGUAGUCCUGUUUCAAUUACAAAUAGUGGACAUGAUAGCAAGCCAUCAUCUAAACAAGCCAAGAAAUUUGAUGUUGAUCAAAUGAUGAACGAUUUCAAUAAGAAGGUUGAAAAAACGAAGAUAAGUGUUUUCAAUCAGGUUGUUGAUGAUGAAGAGGACGAUGAUUAUACAAAAAUGUCUGAAAUAAUGGGUUUUUCAGGAUUUGGAAAAGUGGCAAAGAAAAAGCCCACUCCUAGUAAAGAAAAAAAGGUAUCGACAGUUGAAAAAACCAAUCCUGCAGCAAAAAUUACUGAAUCAGGGCAAACAGCAGCCAAAGAGACAGCGCCAGAAAAUUCGAGUAUUGAAGCAGUGAAGAAAAAGAAUCUGUCCGAUGACGAUUUUUCAGAUAAUGAUGAUGAUUCUGCUAAUACCAUAGGAAAAGAGCUGUUACCAAUAUCUCAUGAAAUCAAACUUAACCAUGCUUCCAAAGCUGUAUCAGGACUGGCAUUAGACCCUGCUGGUGCAAGAUUGGUUACUGGGAGUCAGGACUUUGAUGUGAAGUUUUGGGAUUUCAAUGCUAUGGACUCCAGAUUCCAAUCUUUCAGAACAAUUCAGCCCAUGGAAAAUUAUCAUAUCAGAAGCAUUGAGUAUAGUAUAACUGGAGAUUUGCUUCUAAUGUCUGGUGGUGGCCCCCAGGCUCAAGUUCUGGACAGAGAUGGAAGUCAAGUUUAUGAAUGCAGAAAGGGUGAUCAAUACAUUGUUGAUAUGGGGAGAACUAAUGGUCAUGUAUCAUCUCUUUAUAAUGCUGUUUGGCAUCCCAAGGAUAGAAACAUCUUCAUGACAUCCUCCUCAGAUUGUACAGUUAGAUUUUGGGAUAUAAAUGUCACUAAAAAUCAGAAAACGGUUAUUAAACUCAGGGGUUCAGAUGGUAAGAAAGUCAGUCCAACCCAUGCUGUGUUUAGUAAAGAUUCCUCAAUGAUUGCAGUUGCUACAAUUGAUGGUGCCUUAUCGUUAUAUCCAACUAAAGGACCAUUCAUUCGACCAAAACUUUCAAAUAAAACUGCGCAUGUAAAAACCACAGAAACAAGUUGCAUCAAAUUUUCUAUUGAUGGAAACCGACUUUUAACAAGAGGCGGCGCAGGUGAUGAUACAGUUAAGUUAUGGGACUUGCGAAAUAUGAAAAGUCCUGUGAAUACCGCAAAUAAUUUAGACAAUGUUUUCGUGGGAACGGACUGCUGGUUCAGUCCUGAUGAGAAAGUUGUAAUGACGGGUACCUCAGUCAAGCGGGGAUCAGGGGAACUUGUAUUUUUAGACACCAACACGUUCGACGAAGUUUACAGGUUCUCUGUUGGGGAAUCGAGUGUUUCAAAAAUAUUGUGGCAUCCCAAGUUGAAUCAAAUCAUAGUGGGCUGCAGCAACGGUAUUGUCAAGAUGUACUACAGUCCAGGACUUAGCUCACGUGGGGCACUUUUAUGUGCAGCAAAGCCCCGCCGAAGGCAGGUUAAAAACGAUGAAAUUCCCACUGGACUCCAACAGCAAGUUAUCAACCCAUACAGUCUGCCAAUGUACAGAGAGCAGAGAUUCCUUUAUGCCAAACGGAGAAAAGACAAAUCAAGGAAAGAUCCUGUUCGAUCAGCUGCUCCAGACAAACCUCUAUAUGGUUUGGAUGCUCAUAAGACAAAAGGUUGCAGUUUAGCUGCGUUUAAAUCAAAAGAGAUAGCAUUGGAUACCCACGGUCCCCCAGCUGAAGAAGAAGAUCCAAGAGAGGUCUUGCUCAAAUACGCAGAUAUUUGUGAGAAGGAUCCGUAUUGGAUUGCUCCGGCUUAUGGUCCAGAAAGUAAAAAUAUCUACCAAGAGGUAACUGAGGAUACGCUGAGUGAGGAACCUGUUCCUAAGAAACCUAUGUAUUUUUACCAGAAAUGAUCGAUCAGAAAAUGUUGUCCCUCUUUGUUUCACAGUGUUUCAGUCAAGCCUAAUUCAAACACUCACAAUGGCGUGUUAAAUUGAAUUGAUUUAACUAUUUAUAGUAUUUUCACCUUCUAUUGAUUUUAUACAAUACAUUGACGUAUUUGAAUAUGCAA